AUGGACAACUCUGGAGAAUUUUCAAGGAUAAGCUUUUCUAAAAGAAUCCAUGACCUGAUAGAUCAAAACAUGAAACAAGUUGUUAUUACGAAACUAUUGGGAAAGAAGAUUGGGUAUAAGGCGUUGAUUAACAGAAUAUAUGCGUUAUGGAAUCUGAUAGGAAAUUUCAACUUGAUCGGUCUUGAGAAUGAUUACUUUUUAGUGAAAUUUGAAAAUCUUGAAGAUUAUACGAGAGUUCUUACUGAGGGUCCAUGGAUGAUCUAUGGAAGCUACCUAACCGUUCAACCAUGGUCAAGAAAUUUUUCCACAUCCGAAAAGCAUCCUUUACAAGUCAUUGCAUGGUUGCGCCUCCCUGGACUACCCUACAGGUAUUAUAAUACAAUGUUGAUUAGAACAAUUGCUAACACCAUUGGAAGAGUCAUCAAAAUAGAUUAUAAUACCAAAGCUGGAGAAAGAGGAAAAUUUGCCAGAGUUGCAGUGGUUAUUGAUCUUAAUAAACCGCUUAUUCUAUGCGUGGGGAUCGAUGAUUUUAUUCAGCAGAUUGAAUAUGAAGGAUUGCAACAGAUAUGUUUUAACUGUGGCACUUAUGGUCAUGCUAAAGAAAACUGCCAAAUCAAUCAGCAGAAAAGUCAGAUGGAAACUACUAAUACUGACCAGGACAGAGAAGCUUUCUCAACAAAAGAUAACAACAAAGAAAAUGUUUUUGGCCCUUGGAUGGUUGUUCAACCAAGAGGCAGAAACAUCAAAUCUCAAAGAAAUCAGAGUAAAAACAAAGAAGUGGAAAUAACAGUAAAUCAGGGAUCCAGAUUUAUAGCUAUUCAAAAAGAAAUGUUAGAGGAAGAACCCAGAGACAUUACUAAAGAGUACCAACAUAUGAACAGGGAAGGGGAGAUACAUAAAGCUGGCACCAUUUCAAAAAGAAAACUAUGA